UGAACAAGUCCACAAGGAAGAGACGAAUUUAUUUGAAUCCUGUUUACGAUUGCCUUAUAUAUCAACUAACAACCUCACGGAAAUGCUCUUGGGAACCAUUCAAAUUACUGGCGAAGAUCUUAGGGACGCCGAGGUCAAGGGAAUUUGUGACUCGCUGCACGACAACAGCAUUCGAAUCCUGUCUCUACGGGGCUGUAGAAUUCAUGACGAAGAUUUCAAGAAGUUGAUGGACAGUUUGAAAGAAUGCGAAUCUCUUGCUCAGCUUAAUUUAAACUUGGGAGUAUGCAACGGAAAGCACCGAAUCAAAUGGCUCUCCGAGGCUUUGGUUGCUAAUAAAUAUCUCACAUCGUUGUUGUAAGUACAACCAUUCGAUUUAGCUUGUACUUUAACUUACAACCACCACUUUACACUAACUUGUAGUGAUGAAGUCGACAAGAGUUAUCAUUCUUUGCCCGACUUACAGUAUGUCGUGCUUCACAGCACCUUUCAAAUGAAUUUUUAUCUUAAAAUUGUUUGGAGAGAUGCCGCAAGUUUUCUCAAGAACACAUGCAAAGCUUUCAGUUAAGUGAAACUUAACAGUUCAGUAAAUAGGUCUAUUGAAACAUUUCUCUAUAAGUGUAUUUCCUUUGAAAUCAUACUGAAACAAUCCAAUGAUUCAGGUUUAGCGGUUCUCCUUCCAUGCCCGUCCAAAAUUCUCUUAUUCAGCAAAAUUCAGUCUUUUUCUGUUCCCUGAGAAAUUUUCCAUAAAUCAACACCAAGAGCAGGUAAGUGUUAUUACACCGACAACACCACCUCCUUUCUCCUUCCUGCUAAAGAUUCUUUUGGAGUCCACACAGAAAUACUCAUAUUGGGGUUGGGAGAUGUAGAUGGCUGGAAGUUUCUCAUAUGUUUCAAUCAUUAUAUUUUGCAUUUGUAGCUUGCAUGGUACAUCCCUUGGAGAUGAGGGCCUGGAGUGUUUGAUGCCUGCUCUUCAGAUACAUCCCAGACUGCAAUCUCUGGAUUUUGGUGAUUGCCAACUCAGAGAUGAUGGUAUCAAACAAAUUUGUACACUUCUUCCCUCAACAGAAGGAAAAGAGGGACUAGUUGAACUUACACUGUCAGCAAACCAUGGAGUUACUCAUCUGGGAUGGACCCAGCUUGCCAUAGCCAUUGCUGCAAAUUCACAGUUACGAAAUCUUUAUAUUGACUACAACAACAUUGGUGAUUAUGGUGCUGGUGUGCUUUCUGUUGCCCUGGCUGCAAGCUCUUCACUAGAAAUUGUCGAUUUGGAAGGAUGUGGGGUGAGUGAAAAGGGAGCAGAGAUGUUUUUUGCUGUUAUUGCUAAUUACCCCACAAAAAUGCAAGAACUUGUUUUGUUUGAAAACAAUGUCAGUGCAGAACUUAUUGGUCAGAUCAAUGACUGUUUGAGUCAGAAGUCUCAAGGCUCUACAGACGGCCAGGAAAGUCCUGAAAAAUCACUUGAGGAUGAUCACAGCAACCAGGUUGCUUGCUGAUCAGGAAGUAUAUUUAGUUUAUUGAAAUAAGUUUCAUAGUCUGCUUAAAGGCGGGAACGUUCAAGGACAGAAAUCUGACCUGUGAAACUGAAUCGCUUCAUCCGGUGAUGGGAUCUUGCUUUUUUAUGUUUAAAAGAGGCAAAAUCAUCAUCAUUAUGAUGGUAGUCCAGUUGAUUGGAGACUGACUUUUCUUGUCAUGUGAACCUUUCAGCCUAAAGAAGUGUUUACCAAUGUAACCUCUUACAUUUUCCAUCUACUAAUGAUGGUAAUGGACCAAAAAAUUAGUCAAGGGUUGCCAUCUUAGUUGAUACAACUCCAAAUCCUCUUAUCAAGUAAUUUCUAACAAAAUGAAUGGCAUACAGCUUGAAAGAAACAUUUUCAUUUGAGACGGUCUAACCAUCCAGGUCCAGGUUUGAGACUCAGCAAGGUCAUAGUAUUACAGCAGGACAUUUAACUUCCACAGUGACUCUCUCCACCCCAGAUAUAAAUGGAUACUGGCAAAUUCUGAAGGAAAGCUGAAUAAAGCCUUUAUGAGGGUAGCCUGUGAUGGACUCGCAUCCUAUCCAUAUUAAAAAAAGCUUUCUUACAAAAUUAAAGCCACAUACCAAAUUAAUCAAAACUCUUAAUUUGCUGUUUAGUCCUAAACUCUUCUACUAUGUAUAACUGUGCAAGUAUAUUGUAUAUUUGACAAUUGUGACAUGUUUAUCAUAUGCUUCACCUACUCUGUAAUUGUCGUUAAAAGGAGAGAAAACAACUUGAAAGGAUUUAAUUCAUGACUUUGAAAUGCAGCUGACUUGUCAAGAGAUCAAACAUCAAAAUUUAUGGACUCUUUCAUAGGCUCUUGUGUGGCCAUUGUUUGGGAUGUCACACAACAUUUUUCUGGAAGGAAUCAGGGAAGUGUUGUUGUGUGACACCUAAAAAAAAAUGCAUUAAUGCAGACAAACCCAAAUAUUAUACUCAGCAGUUCAGCAGAUAUUGAGAAUGCAUGGAAAAACUUGAUUUCAUAAAUUUAAAAGCUACCAUGUAA